UAUAAGGUUGAUUCCUUUUCGAGAUACCUACGUUAACAUAAAUUAGCUUUAAACACAUAUUAAUUAUUACUCAAUUUUUUUGUUUUUUAGAAAAAUGAAACAAGGACAACUAAAAUGUCAUCUAAAACUUGUGGUUUUUCUGUUCCACUAUGAUAUGCUUCACUCAAUUUCUCAUUGGCUGUUCAUAUUCGUUUUCAUCUACACUCAUGGCAGAACUUCGAGAACCUUCGUCAACAAUACAUUUAACUAUCGAAGAGGAAUCUUGGAUAACAAGCAUUACAGUACUUAUAUGUCCAAUUGGUUUACUCAUAAUUGGAAUAUUGACUGAUAAAUUUGGUAGAAGAAAAACUAUUCAAAUUGUCUAUAUACCAAUGGCUUUAAGUUGGCUAAUAAUUACAUUCGCUAACUCUUACACAUCACUAUUAAUUGGAAAAAUUAUACUUGGAAUUCCAUUUGGCGUGAGUACAUGUAUGUUUCUGUACAUUUCCGAAAUAACUCCGGCCAACCUGAGAUCGCUGUACAUAACGCUGGUCACCAUGACCGUAGGCGUGGGCAUGAUGGCAGAAAGCAUAAUGGCCAUGUUCUUCCACUGGCAAACCAUAUCCGGUGUGAUGUUCGUGUUGAGCGUGGCCAAUUUCCUCACGCUGUUCAUGGUACCGGAACCGCCGAUGUGGCUCAGGUCCAAGGGCCGUUUGACCGAGGCGGACAAGGUGGACAGGUGGCUGGACUUGGGCCACGUGUCGCCGCGCGUGACGGCCACCGCGGCCGCGACGGUGGACGCCGAUGUGCCGCCCGCCGCGACGGUGGACAACGGCAAGAAAACGGCCGCCGCUCCGUCGUCGCCGUACUGGUCGCUGUUCUUGCGGCGCAACGUGUGGAUGCCGACGGCCAUCACGCUGAUGUUCUUCAUUUGCCAACAGGGCAGCGGCGUGUACGUGCUGCUGUUCUACUCGAUGGACGUGCUCCGGGACUGCAAGGUGCCGUGGGACGCCAACACCGUUUCGCUGUUCCUGUCCAUAGCCCGGUUGAUGGGCGGCGUGGGCUUCGCGACGAUGCACCGCGUCGCCCGCCGGAAGCUCGUCGUGGUUUCCGGCGGAUGUAUGGCCGUGUCGCUGCUCAUCGUCGUCGCCUACAUGAGUGCGUUCACCGGCGUCCAGAACCCGCCUUUCCCGAUGACGCUCAUCAUCGCGUUCAUUAUGUUCAUGUUCUUCGCCCUGCUGGCCAUCCUGCCGAUGCCUUGGAUACUGUGCGGCGAAGUAUUCCCGAUGGAAGUAAAAGGUGUUAUGAAUGGACUUGUACAGACAUGUGGAUAUGUUAUGUGGUUUAUAAUUUGCAAAAUAUAUCCAUCGAUGGUCUCACAUUUUGGAGUGGAAAUCGUUUGGUCGAUAUUUGCUUUCUUUUGUAUAUUAAAUAUGCUAUUUGCCAUAUUUAUAAUGCCCGAAACUAAAGGGAAAUCGCUAGAUGAAGUCUUGUUAUAUUUUGAACCAAAGAAGCAAAUUGAGAAAACCAACAUUCCGUAAUAAUACGUUAACGUAUAUACUUAAAAAAAACCGAUCAUAUAUGUUACAUUAUUUAUGGUCGUGUUUAAACAUCGAUACA